UAGUAUUAUAAAGUGUUUGUUGAGAUAAAAUUACAAAUCAAAUAAAUAAAAAUAAAUCCAAUUCACUCUCGUGGAAGAGAAACUUAAUGUUAUUAGUAAUUAGUAAAACAAAACAACUUGAUUCGCUUGAGAAAAUAUUUAUUAAGAAUCAAAAUAAUAAUCAAACUAAUAACAAAAAAAAUGGCGUCAGUUUCGUUAGAUUUAACAUCACAAGAAUAUUUUCAAGAAAAUGUAAUUAUUUUUGACGUUGAAACAACGGGAUUAAAUGCGUCAAGCAAUCGUAUUGUUCAAUUAGCAAUGUUGAAGAUUCAAAACAAUGGUCUAAUGACGACUUUUGACAACUACUUUAAUCCUUGUGUAUCAAGACAGGCUCAAAUGAGCGCCUUUCGAGUUCAUGGCAUUUGCCCUGAUAUGUUGAUGACAAAAGCUCCCUUCGGCGAUUAUCUCAAAGAAAUUAUUGAUUUUAUUGGAGAAACAAAAUAUUUAUGUGGGCACAAUGUAGCUUUUGAUUGGAAAUUUCUUUUAGAAGAGUUUACUCGUGCUGACAGCUCAUUUAGAAAAUGUCUUGUCGAAAAAAAUCUUGUUUUAAUUGACACUCUCCAGUUAAGUCGUAAAGCUUUUCCCCAGUUUAAAAGUUACAAGUUACAGUCACUUUCUAGCAGUUUAGGACUUUGUAUUACCCAAAAUGAUUUUUUGGACUUAAAAAUAGAUAAACCUGUUAUUAAAAGUCACGAUGCAAUAGUGGAUGUUCUUUUAACAAAAAAACUGUUAUAUAAGGUUAUGCAAACCUUAAGUUCAACUAAUAAUAGUUGAAGUCAACAACUUUCACUUUCAGAAAUUCUUGAUAAACAUUAUUGUGUCUUUGAAAUAAAUAACAUAAUUGCAUAAAAACAUAAUUUAAAUAUAUUGUCGAAACUCAAACUAAUCAACUAGAACAUAUGUAAAAGUAA